AAAGCACCACCAAUACAUUGCCGACCGUCACAGCGCUAGCAUAUUAACAAAUAACCCGAUAACAGUUAUAAUUUUUAAACUUGUGUAAGUGGUUAUUCCUUCAACGCUUCUUCGAAUUGCAAGGAUCUUAACUUCAGGAUGAAGGUCUUAAUAUUCUGUAUGGCCUUUGCGGCUGUGACGCUGGCGAUGCCGGUCGCUGAGGAAAAACCUGUGGCACCUGUUGUAGCUGAACCAGUCGCUGUAUCUAAAACUGAUGAAGUACAACCUCAAGUAAAAGCUGACGCCGCGGUUGUUGAAGAAAAAAAGGCUGAACAAGCAGUAGAUAUUAAAGAAACUGAUAAACCACAGGAACCCGAAGGCAAGAGUGCUCCCCUUGAACCAAAACCUGAAGAAGUCAAGCCAGAAGCUGCUGCAGCUGUGGUUCCAGAUGUUAAGAUCGAAAUCCCAGAACCUAAAUCUGCAGCGCCUGUUGAUGCAGAGUCUGAUGUUAAGCCCGUAGAAAAACAAACCGAAGAAGCUAAGCCUGAAGAAAAAAAAGUUGAACCUCAAGUAAAGUCAGUGGUGGUUGAGGAAGUUAAACCAGAAACCGAAGCUAAAGUUGAAGAAGUAAAGGAGGUAGCAUCUGUACCUGCACCUAAAUCCGCUUUACCUGAAGAAGCAAUUGAUGUCGUAGCGGCUGUCAAAAAUCCUGCUGGUGUAGCUGAUGAGGUUGUCGCUAUUUCAUCACUUGAAAAGUCGGAAUUACCAGUUCCAGCAACUAAGAGCGCCGAACCCGUCCCAGAAGAAAAGAAAGAAGAUACCCCCGCUCCAGCGCCAAAAACCAGCAUUGUUGAAGAGAGCAAGCCGGUCGAGUCUAAACCUGAAGAGAAACCAGAGAAUGUAGAGGUUCCAGCCCCAGUUCCAGUUGUAAAAGCUGCACCCGUUGAGGUCAAAUCCGACGAUGCCAGUGCUGCUUCCAUCGACGAUUCAUUAAGAGUAGUUCGCGACACCGUUGACGACAAACAAGCCCCCGCAUCGCCCGCUGUAGAAGGUAAGGCAGCAGAACCAUCCGCGGCAGUAGAAACACCAAAGGAAAGUGAAGAUGUGAAGAAGCAAGAACCUAAGGCAGUCGAAACUGUCGUAGCGAGCGAGCCAGCGAAAGACACACCCGUCGUAGAUGCUGCAGCUGUUGUGCCAAAAUCUAGUGAGGCAGAAUCCAAAGCUAUCAAAGAUGAGGAGAAACCUGCGGGCGACGCGCCGUCAGAUAGCUCAGAGGAGAGCGCCGAGAGCAGCGAAAAGAAGAGCGAUAGCGCAGAAUCGUCGGAGGAGGUUGCCGACAAAAAGGGAAACGAGGGAUCCAAAUCUUAAAUUAGUGAUAUAAGUGCAGUUGGCGGUAGGCGUGUGUCGACAGCGAGCCUCGACACGCGCAUCCCGCCCGGCGAGCCGCGUGCGAGCGGUCCCUCGUCCCCGGGGCUGCGACGGCGGCCGCCUCUCCGCGUUCCUAUGAACGCCACUCGACUAUUCAUUAGACCUAGAGACUUAUUUAAAUAGUUCAGCUGUAAUUACCUACGUUGUAAUUAUAACUUCACGAAGUAAAUUAUCGAAUUUCCGGUAAUGUAAGAAAUAAAUUACGUUUUUUAAU